CCAUAGUAUAGAUCAUUGACAAGGAGGUUUUUCGUUUGCUUGGCAAAACGGAAUUAUUGAUUGUUGAAAGUAAUUUACACAAAAUAUUAGUAGAAAAUAAAUAUAAUAGCUUGUCCCAUUAUAUUUACUCAUGUCGUUUCGUGCCUGUACUUUUUCCGUGCCCGUGCUUUUUCCGUGCUCUUGCCGUGCCCAUGCCACGUUUUUCAAAACAACACACCAACCAGACCCUCGUAGUGAUUGGUGACACACUUUCUUGACUGACUUGAUUGAUUAAUAUGGUUCAGAAAGAAUGCAUUCACUAACAUAAAAAGAAAAAGGUUUUAAAGAAAGAUGAUUUGUUUCAGUGGUUACCCCAACCAAAUACCUUAAUCUCACUGCAUUGGAAUCUAAUUCCCUUCUCUUUUUUUAGGCGUACACGUGUAGUAGGAGUGCUCAACAUAAAAAAUAUUAUUUCUCCUAUUCGUAGCACAAGAGUUUUCAAGUUGGAAGCCAUCAAAAAUUUGUGCAUGAAUGUUGCCAAUACACCAAGUGAUAGAUCAAUUGCCCCGAAUGUGGUUGGGGUUUUUUCAUAUUGAUCAGUACUAGAUCUUUUGUUUUGGGAAAUGUGAUUUGUUUAUUUUAUACUUUUCUUAGAAAUUCGUAAAAGGUCUCAUUUUUUAUUAUUGCUUUAGGCCUUCAGAAACUCAGUGUCGACCUUGUAUGGUGAAGUUGCUAACUUACUCUAAACUACCUCAGAUCAAACAAGUUGUAGAUCACUGGAUUGGCAAAAACGCUUUGACAUUAUAGUGGGGAUUGCUCGAGGACUUCUCUAUCUUCAUCGGGAUUCAAGAUUGAGAAUAAUUCACAGGGAUCUGAAAGCUAGCAAUAUUUUGCUGGACAACGACAUGAAUCCUAAAAUUUCAGACUUUGGAUUGGCGAGAAUGUUUGGAGAUGAUCAGUCUGAAGAAAAUACAAAUAGGGUUCUUGGAACUUAUGGAUAUAUGUCUCCAGAAUAUGCCAUAGACGGGCUCUUCUCUGUGAAAUCUGAUGUGUUUAGCUUCGGUGUACUGGUUUUGGAGAUUGUGAGUGGAAAGAAGAAUAGAGGAUUUUACCAUCCCGAUCAUGACCUCAACCUUUUGGGACAUGCAUGGAAACUAUGGAAUGAAGGAAAACCCAUGAAUCUAGCAGAUGCUUUGAUGGAGAGUCCGAUUCCCACACCAGAAGUGGUAAAAUGUAUCCAAAUGGCCCUUUUGUGUGUGCAAAAUCAUCCUGAAGACAGACCGCCGAUGUCAGCUGUUUUGUUAAUGUUAGAUAGUGAAAACGCAAUCCUUCCACCUCCUAAACAACCUGGGUUUUACACAGAAAGGUUUACUCCCGAGAUGGAUUCUUCGUCAACUGGUAUAUAUCUUCUCGCUUCAAAUAAAGUAACAAUGUCAGUACUUCAUGGUAGAUAGAUGGGAUUGUUGUCCUAAAACCUUUUGAAGAAACUU